AUGGGCGUCGAUGGUGUGUCAGUAGAGUAUUUGUCUGCUGGUGCUAACCGGCAGACUUCGGUUGCAGACUGGAGUAGGACUGGGCUACUGGCAUAUGGCGCUGAUGUGAACAUUGCAUUAUGGUGUCCAGCAGUGCAUCCGCCUCGGGGUGUUGAAAGAAUUCUAAGUGGACAUAAGGAAACUGUCAAAGCCGUCGUAUUUCUCCCCGAGGUCGCGGAAGAUGAUUGCAGCUACAUUGUGUCAGGCUCUGACGACAAGACUCUCAUCUUCUGGAAGUCGACUGCCAACCACCACAACUUUGAAGCCGUUCACACAAUUUGUGAACAUACGGCUCCUGUGAACUGCGUUACUGCCUUCAGAGUCCCUGGUGAGAAAGCCAAGUGGAUUGUCGCCACGGGAGCUGCUGAUGCCACGGUAAAGAUCUGGUCCUUUCACAAUGACCAACUCGAGCUACUUCAGUCGAUAAAAACGUCACCCAAAUUUUUUCCACUCACUCUUUCUUUAAGCAUCAUUGAUAGCGAUGUGCUUAUUCUGGCAGCUGCUGGGACGAGAGAGACUGUCCAGAUCCUGACGGCAGAUCUCAAUGCAUCAAGCAUCAACUUCCUCGUGCAAGCAACCUUAGCUGGCCACGAAGGCUGGGUACGAUCAUUGAACUUUACAAAUGAAACUGAGGAGGCUGGUAGUGACCUCUUGCUGGCAUCAGCGAGUCAAGACAAAUACAUCCGCAUCUGGAGAAUUCACCAGGGAAAAGAGUUACCAGCCUUGGCGGCAUCGGGAUCGGAUCCUCUCAGCUGCGCCUUUCUUCCUGGAAAAUCACCGUCUAACAAGGCUCAUCGUCUACAAACCGCGGGUAAAGACUUUUCUGUGACCUUUGAAGCACUGCUACUAGGCCAUGAAGAUUGGAUUUACAGCGCGAAAUGGAAAUCACACACCGACGGCAAGCUCCAACUUCUCUCGACAUCUGCGGAUAACUCUUUGUCGAUUUGGGAAGCUGACCCUGCGUCCGGUAUCUGGGUUAGCAUGGCAAGACUGGGCGAAAUCAGCAGAGAAAAGGGCGCAACAACUGCCACGGGCAGCACGGGUGGUUUCUGGACAGGGCUUUGGUCACCAACUGGUGACUCUGUCGCUUGCCUUGGAAGAACUGGAAGUUGGAGAAGGUGGGAAUACGACUCAUCGGCCGAUGCGUGGAAGCCAUGUGUUGCCAUCACUGGCCACACCAAAGCCGUCACUGGUAUUACUUGGGCUAAGAGCGGCGACUAUCUGCUUUCCACCAGUUCCGACCAGACCUCACGAUUGCACACAAGGUGGGCGGCGCCUGACGCUGGCACUUGGCAUGAAAUGUCCCGGCCGCAAAUACACGGGUACGACCUAAACUGUAUUGAUUCGUUGGGAGACUCACAAUUUGUUUCUGGUGCUGACGAGAAGCUCAUGCGAGUGUUCAGCGAGCCCAAAGCAGUUGCGACACUACUCAAGAAACUUGCAGGUUUCGGAGGUGAGAAUGUGGAGGACAUGCCUGAUGCAGCUAACAUGCCUGUUCUUGGUCUUUCGAACAAGGCGAUUGAUACUGUAGAGGAUGAUCAAGAAGUCCUGCCCGUGGAUGACCGGGACCGAGAAGCGAUGGACCCAGCGUCAGUGGUAAAGAAGUCGUAUUUGGAGAUUGACCAUCCACCAUUUGAAGAAACACUAUCAAGGCACACUUUGUGGCCAGAAGCGGAAAAGUUGUAUGGUCACGGCUACGAAAUCUCGUGUCUCGCAGCUAGCCACGAUGGCAAGCUCAUCGCCAGUGCCUGCAAAGCUAGCUCCACGAACCACGCUGUCAUCCGUUUAUUCGAGACGGAGAAAUGGACAGAGAUACGACCACCUCUCGUCGCGCACUCCCUCACCGCGACCAGACUAAGAUUCUCAGGCGACGACAAUUAUCUGCUCAGUGUCGGUCGCGACCGACAGUGGGCCGUCUUUGCAAGAAAUACCAAUGAAGCCGCCAAGUAUCAGCUUCUCCAAUCAAAUCCAAAGGGUCACAGCAGAAUGAUCCUCGAUGCUGCGUGGGCGCCUACCGAGUCGCCAUUGUUUGCCACCGCCGGCAGAGACAAGCAGGUCAGGAUAUGGGCUUCGCAAAAAACGGAAGCUGGGAAGCUGCAAUUCACUCAAACUGCCGCUAUGCCAUGCGCUGGAUCCGUGACCUCUGUGGAUUUUCUACCCUCCGUGGUCAAGGGAAAGCUCGUCUUGGCAGUUGGAACCGAAGCUGGAAGAGUGAGCAUUUGCUCGGUCAACGAAGAUGGAUCUGCCAUCACUGAGCUGCCCUCGGAAUCAGAGUUGAGUCUCCCCAAAGCUGUACUGCAACUAGCAUGGCGGCCUGUCAGUCACAACGGAAAACCUGAUUACACGCUAGCAGUAGCCGGCGAAGACAGCUCGCUGAGACUGUUCUCAUUCAAUGAAUCGUAUUUAUGA